AUGCGGAAGGGCAUCAAGGAGGCAGCCGACGAGACAGUGCUCACGCCCCGUUUCUACACAACAGACUUCGACGAGAUGGAGGAGCUCUUCAGCCUGGAGAAGAAUCCCACCCUGGAGAUGGAUGAGUUCGAUGCCAUGCUGUCAGAGUUCAGAACAGACUACAACCAGACCCAUUUCGUCAGGAAUGAGACCUUCAAAAAGGCAGCAGACAACAUCACAGGCCCAGCUCGCAAGAUAUUCAUCGAGUUUCUGGAGCGGUCAUGCACAGCAGAGUUCUCGGGCUUCUUGCUCUACAAGGAGCUUGGAAGGCGUCUGAAGAAGACCAACCCCGUGGUGGCGGAGAUCUUCACGCUUAUGUCACGGGACGAGGCGAGGCACGCGGGCUUCCUGAACAAAGCCAUGUCCGACUUCAACCUGGCCCUGGAUUUGGGCUUCCUCACAAAGAACAGGAAGUACACCUUCUUCCGGCCGCAGUACAUCUUCUACGCCACCUACCUCUCAGAGAAGAUCGGCUACUGGAGGUACAUCAGCAUCUACAGGCACCUGCAGCGCAACCCGGACAACCAGCUGUACCCGCUCUUUGAGUACUUUGAGAACUGGUGCCAGGACGAGAACCGCCACGGCGACUUCUUCUCAGCCAUCCUCAAGUCGCAGCCCCAGUUCCUGGACGGCUGGACGUCAAAGCUGUGGAGCCGCUUCUUCUGCCUGUCGGUGUACGUGACCAUGUACCUGAACGACCACCAGCGAUCCGCCUUCUACGAGUCCCUCGGCCUCAACACCACCCAGUUCAACAGGCACGUGAUCAUCGAGACCAACAAGACUACGGCGCGCAUCUUCCCGGAGGUGCCGGACUGCGAGACGCCCGAGUUCUGGGACCACAUGGAGAAGCUGAUCGUGCUCAACAGGAAGCUGAUCGCCAUCGGCCAGUCCGACGCGCCCGCCGUGCUCAAGAACCUGCAGCGCCUGCCCGUGCUCGAGCGAUUUGCCGCCGAGCUCAUGCAGCUCUUCAUCGGCAAGACCGUGGCCGCCGGCGCCGACGGCGUCGAGUCAUCCGCGCCCAUCCCCUGCUACUGA